AUGGACGGAUAUUUAAAGGUGAUAAAUAUAUUUUUUUUAACUAUCGUUGUUUUUCUCUUCUUUAUAGUAAUUAUUGCUUUAUGAUAAUAUUUAGAAUACGAUGACGGAUUUGAAAAACGAACUAACGGCGAUUAAAUUAUUGGAAUUAUGUUCCGCUCACGGCGUAAAACCGUGCAAUUGCAUUGUCGACAAUUUAACUCGUCGACACGUUAAGAUCGCACUUCAAAAUUAUCUGUCCUUAAACAAACCCGUGCCAGUUAGAUUUUUCAAAGAAAAAUAUCGUAGUUUGUUUUUAUCGGAAAUCCGAGACCAUCGAGAUUUGUUGUAAGCUAUAUAACGCUGUCAUUGCGACAAUUUAUUAUUAUAAUAUAUUAUGUUGCGCGCCUAACUGAGUAGGUACUUAUACUAUGUUGUAUACUUUAUAUACUCACAUCAAAUUAUUUUCUCCUGUAAUCGUGAAAUUCAAAAUUGUAUACUUGUAAUAUAAAAAACUUUUUCUUUUCUCUUCUGUUUUGUAUCAAGCACAUACUUACCUUUUUCUUUGGUUUUUUUUUUUUUAAUCAAUGUACCUAUUACUCUAUCUCGACGCAUGCUAUACACAACCUAAAGAGAUAGAUAAUCACGUACAUAACGAAUAAUAUAUUGUUCUAUUAUGUAAUUUAUGGUGGUUUAAUAAAAAUAAAAAAAUUCCAAUGGAUAUAAAACACACUUGACCCACACGCAACCCUUUAGAAUAUACUCGCAGAUACUACGAGUACAAACAACUAAGGAACGAUUUCAUUUACUGAUUAUCGUUCUCCAAAUUAACGUCGAUAACCAGGGAAUAUUUACAAUUGCAACAUUUACUAAUUUUUAGGGAAAUUACGUCAUUUACCACGUUUAGACCUAAGUCUUUUACCGGAACAUAUAUGUUAUACAGGGUGAUUAAUCUAUCGUAAGACAAUUAUUAAAUUUUUUCGGGAUUUGUUACAUAGAACAUUUAAGACACAAGCUGAUCUACAAAUUUACUUAUAUGUAAUUUUUUGUCACCUUUAUUUUUGGAAGUGAAACCACUAAAUCUACCUAUGCAACCUAUAUUAAAAAUGACAUAAAUCAACGGAGUAUUAGAUAAAAUAAAUUUUGGUAUUGAAAUUUUUGAUUUUUGUCAACCAAAUGAAAUAUUCCAUUUUUAAGUUUGGGUAGGAGGAGAGUAGUGGAGCAUCAUUUGUAUGAUGGACAGCACGCGGUGUUUACAUAAUAGGUUGUGUCUUAAAUGUUCUUUAAAACAAAUACCGAAAAAAAAAAAUAUUUUCUAAGAUAAUGAGUAACGAUAACGAUAGAUCGAUCCUGUUUAUACAAUUCGUAGACAUAGGCUUAAGAAACCUCAACAGAAGGCUGUAAAAAAAGAAUCGUCGAGAAAAUCGCAAUCGCAAUCGAUUUUGCCGGUAACGUUACCGACUACAGCUGAAUAUUACACAGAACGUUACGGGGACUUAAACGGUAUCAUUUGUAAGGUGUGUAUAAGUGGUAGGUUCAUUUUUGACACCGCCGAAAUAGUUCAAGUUUAACGUGUUUCGUACAGGUUAACAGUAUAUUCAAGUGCAUAACAAAAGUUAUAGAAAACAGUAUGUACUCGAUUCACAGCUUAAGCGUGAUGGACCCGUUUAAAUUUGUCUACGAGGAGAUAAUUAAAGAUUUUAAUAAAUUCAAAAUCGAAAUCGAACACGUUCAACGGUAAUUUUUAUCGAGCUGUGUGUUUUGAUGUCCCAACGUUUGAUCCGUUAUCUAUUUGAAUAAUUGCAGGUCAAUGAAUAAUACCGUGGAUCAAAUGGUUCAAAAUCACCAAGCAAUAGCAAAGACAUGCGAGAAUAUUGCUCAAGAAACUCGUAAGUAA